AACGGAAACAAGCUGGUAGGAACGUUCACAAGCAGCGUCCCUACUACGUUCAUGUCAAUGUCAGUCUGGAUAAAGAGAGACAGUGGCGGCACAGGGGAAUUAACGAUCUCAGUUCGAGGCAAUGCCAGUGACAUUAUGUCUGUAAGGCUUUCUGAGAUAGUGACAGUAAAAAGCGGAAAUAUUGAAGCAUCUACGGCGUUCAUUCUGUCAAGCACAAGGUGGACGCAUUAUGUCGUGGAGCUAGAUUUCACAUCAUACGUGCUAACAGUGUUCAUAGACAAUCUUCAAAAAAUCAGAAAGGUCGGUCUCACGCCCUUAUCUAUAACGUCUGGAAGUGUCCACAUGUCGUCUACCAAAGAUGCAGGUGUAACCUUAUCUGGUUUGACGUUUUAUCCACGGAAGCUGUCUGCUGAAGAAGUGGCCAUGUAUAGCACCUCGUGCCUCAGCAACUCGUCAGACACGCUUUAUUCAAUGGUCGAUGUAGUACAAAACAUUGUAGACGGUCUCGUAAUCAUCAGUCCAUCAUCUUGUGACCCGUUCGAUGAGUGUGCAACAGCGCCUUGCGGUAAUCACACCUGUGUGAACGGUAUGGGGACGUUCAUGUGUGUGUGCAGUGGGGGAUGGAGUGGAACUCUGUGCGAGAUGCCACCUGACUUCUGUCUGAAUCAUGACUGCAAACACGGGAUCUGCGUUCAAGGAAGCGGAAAAUACACGUGCAACUGCACUGACUUCUACACUGGCGGAGACUGUUCGAUUCCACCUGUAAAUGGGGGCUGGUCUUCAUGGAGCGACCGGUCAGGAUGUGGCGUCACCUGUGGAGGCAGUACCCAAACACGUCAGAGAUUUUGUGUAGAGCCGGAACCAGGACCGGGAGGUCUAGACUGCACGGGUUCCAAGGAAGAAACGCAACAGUGCAAUGUAAUGGACUGCCCUGACUAUAGGAAGCAAUAA